CUCCUUUAUUUUUUCAGCUAUGGGACAAUAGAAUGACAUGCCCCGGGGUUAUCCCUCUUGUAUCCUUGCAGUUGGCAGCCAGAGUCACAUUCAGCAUUGGUGCAGCUUGAGCCUCGUCUCCUAUUAUAAUUUCCUGUUUUAUCCCUGUGUAAGCAUAGUAUGUACUGUUUCUGUUGUGGAGUCCCAGAACCUAAUGUGACCCGUAGAACCUUAGAUGUCUCCUGUGCUGCCAUCCAGUCUCUAGAAAGUACAGGCUCUUCACAUCUGAUCUGACCACCUUCGCCUGUCGGGGAACCUGACAACAGCAGCGUAUUAAUAUCUGCUCUCGUCUCACCAAUCACAACUGAACACUUUCUAUAUGGGCUCCUAUGGCUGAACGCACAAAAUAGACCUGACAUUUUUUGGCACUCGUACCAGAGCCUUUGCUACAGCUCCUGGGCACCUUCCUAAUGUGCCCUAUAAUUCCACUGGAUGCUUAAGAUGGACUGGGACCCCUCUGCAGCCAUGCAAGUGGGAAUGCGUGUGGUGCGAGGAAUUGACUGGAAGUGGGUGAACCAGGACAAUGGAGAGGGAAGUGUGGGCACCGUGGUGGAAAUUGGACGACAGGGCAGCCCUACCACACCUGAUAAAACGGUAGUCGUUCAGUGGGAUCAUGGCACUAGGACAAACUAUCGCACUGGAUUCCAAGGAGCUUAUGACCUUCUGCUGUAUGAUAAUGCCCAGACAGGUGUCCGUCAUCCGAAUAUCAUUUGCGACUGUUGCAAGAAGCAUGGGAUUCGUGGAAUGCGCUGGAAGUGUAAAGUCUGCUUUGACUAUGACCUGUGUACUCAGUGCUACAUGCACAACAAGCAUGACCUUUCCCAUGCGUUCGAGAGAUACGAGACUGCCCAUUCUCGGCCAGUUAUGCUGACUCCCCGACAGGGAUUGCCCCGUAUAGUCCUCAAAGGGAUCUUCCAAGGAGCCAAAGUUGUGCGCGGACCUGACUGGGAAUGGGGGAACCAGGACGGUGGAGAAUCCAAGGUCGGACGAGUUAUUGAUAUUCGCGGAUGGGAUGUUGAGACAGGACGCAGUGUGGCAAGUGUUACCUGGGCAGAUGGAACUACAAACGUUUACAGAGUUGGCCACAAGGGCAAAGUAGAUCUAAAAUGCAUUGCCGAUGCUCCAGGAGGACAUUAUUACAAAGACCAUUUACCGAAGCUUGGUAAACCUGCAGAAAUUCAGAGGAAGGAGAGCUCAGAACGGCAUCCAUUCCAACAUGGCGACAAAGUCAAAUGUCUCCUGGAUGUGGAAAUCUUGCGAGAAAUGCAAGAGGGACAUGGUGGAUGGAAUCCUAAGAUGGCAGAGUUUAUAGGUCAAACAGGAACCGUUCACCGGAUUACAGAACGAGGAGACGUCAGAGUUCAGUACAACAGUGAAACGCGUUGGACCUUCCAUCCUGGAGCGCUAACAAAGCACAACAGUAUUUGGGUUGGUGAUGUUGUGCGUGUGAUGGAUGACAUGGAUACAGUCAAGAAGCUACAAGUUGGUCAUGGGGAAUGGACAGAUGAUAUGGCCCCUGCACUAGGCCAGAUUGGCAAAGUCAUCAAAGUGUUUGAGGACGGAGACAUGAGAUUGUCUGUCGGUGGACAGUCCUGGACCUUUAACCCAGCCUGCCUGACGUCUUAUCAGAGAGAUGACGACGCAAACUUAAUGACGACAGAAAACGUCAAGGAACCCAAACGUACAUUGGUUUCCAUCUUAGAGAAGAUACUUGCUCAGAAGACUGAUUGUGAGAGCCCAAGCUCUUUGGUUAUUGAAGCAGCCCAAGGAAACACAGGCCGAGUGAGAGAAUUACUACUGAAACACCCAGACAAGGUGGAUAUAAGGAAUGAAGGCAGAACAGCCCUACAGGUUGCAUCCCACUUGGGACACUUGGAGGUGGUGAAGGUCUUGCUUCAAGCCAAUGCAAACAUUGACCUUAAGGAUGACGAAGGGGAUUCUGCUUUACAUUAUGCUGCUUUUGGAAACCAGGCUGCUGUCGUCAGAGUUUUAUUGGCCAAGGGAGCCAAUGCAGAACUCAUCAACAAUGCCAAGUGCUCUGCCCUGUACAUUGCCGUCAAUAAAGGCUUUACAGAAGUGACGCAAGUCUUAUGUAUUCCUAAUUCUGCCAUAAAUAUGCAGGACUUACAUGGGGAUACUCCGCUUCACUAUGCUAUCACCGCGGAUUAUAAAAGCAUCAUUGAGAUCCUUACUGACAUACCGAACAUUGAUUUUACCAUCCAGAAUCAGCAAGGCUUUAAUCUUCUACAUCAUUCAGCUCUGAAAGGAAAUGUCUUAGCUGUAAGAAAAAUCCUGCACAGGGCUCGACAGCUGGUGGACUCGAAGAAGGAAGACGGAUUCACAGCGCUGCAUCUGGCCACACUUAACAACCACCAAGAAGUCGUGGACAUCUUAAUAAAAGAGGGUCGCUGUGAUGUCAAUCUCAGGAACAACAGAAACCAAACUCCUCUGCAUCUAGCGGUGACACACGGUCACAUCAACCUUGUGCAGCUGCUGGUAUCCGAAGGGGCAGAUGUGAACGCAGAGGAUGAAGAUGGUGACACACCAAUGCACAUAGUGCUUGUCCAGCAGCACCUCUCAUGUCUGGAACCAGAGGGCAAUGGCUCGGCUAUUCUUGCCAAGCUGCAGGCUACUGGUUUGCUUGGAAAUGUGGAACUAAAUGUCAGCGCAGCAAUCGCCUGCUUUCUGGCAUUGUCAGGUGCAGACAUUAAUUAUGCCAAUCACCGCGGGAAGUCACCUGUGGACCUGAUCAUCGAUGGAAGGAUAGCACAUCUUGUGAAGAGCUUCUCUCAGAAAUUCAGGGAACAGGCUGAAACGGACUCAUCCACCAUUAGCUGCACCCUUCGCAGGGUCCACACUACUCCUAACACAAUGACCAACCUCAGCCUGUCAAGUGCUACCACCCCUUCCGAAUGCCUUGUGUGUUCAGAACUGGCCAUGCUCAUCAGCUUCUUUCCGUGUCAACACAGCAUAGUAUGUGAAGAAUGCUCCCGGAGAAUGAAGAAAUGUAUAAAGUGUCAAGUGUCCAUCACCAAGAAGAUUAGACAAGACAGUACAGAAGUUGACGGCGUUCCCAGCCUAGAAGCAUCAGAUCAGCGCAAGAUGAUAGAAGAGCUUCAAAACAGAUAUCGCCAAAUGGAGGAACGGAUGACCUGCCCGAUCUGCAUUGAUAGUCACAUCAAACUGGUGUUCCAGUGCGGUCAUGGGUCGUGCCCAGAAUGCAGUACGUCGCUAACCUCUUGCCCCAUUUGUAGGCAGGGCAUUCGGGAGAGGAUACAGUUAUUUGUCUGAUGUGGUGUCAGUGUUGCUCAAUAGCUGUGGGGGGUCAUCACUGUAGACCAAAAGGACGGAUAACUUGCCUGAGCCCGAACAUGGUUGUGAAGACCCUCUCCCAGUGCAAGGGUCCUGGGGGGAGAGACCACCAACUUUGCUUGUGAAGAAGUGUGGCUGCUGUGUGUUUCUGUAAACACGUAUAAAUAUAACAUAUAUCUCUCUCCACACUGGAAGGGCUAUACUAUAGCGUAGUCUUCCUGAGAAAUUCGAUUUUUCAGAGGGACGGACGAGGCCAAUUCCAAUCACUCAUCCUAUUACAAUGUGUCAUCACUGCCCAUUCUUGACAUGGUGUCUGUAUAGGAGUUCUUAUUGUUUUUGUUUCAGCCCAAAUCACAGCCUUCCAAUACAAAAAUGCUGCAUUUCUUUUUUUUUUUUUUCAGACUUGUUCAUAAGACAUGACAUAGCAAUA